AUGGACAACGUGCCAUCGCUGUCCAAGUCCGGCCGAGUGUGGAAGAGCAAAGCGGACUUCUUCAGGCCCUUCAGAACACCCACAAGUGAGAUCAGUGAAAAUAUCACGCCUUUGUACGAUCCUUCAGUCUCGCGAAGUGAGGUCGAAGAACCAGACCUCAGUGAGCUCAACACUGCGCUUGGUGCCCUGGUGGACAUAUUCCCGGACGUGCAGCCGGAAGUCUUUCGAGAGAUGCUUGUGAGCAUCAGCAAGGAAAGCAGGCUGCAGGUGGUGACAGAACAUCUACUCCAGAGGAAGGAUAAAUGGGUGAAUGGCAGGUAUCGAACGCUACGCAGACAGGAUUCAGCCAAAGCCCGGAAUCGUGAGCAAAUGAAUGAAGCUGUGCAGGCACAAGGCGACGUGCAACCCGAGGAUUUGUUUCGAGGUCAAAGUUAUAAAAAGGCUGUCAAGCAAGUCCUCUAUCAGGAGUUCAAGAAUUUGAGUCAUUCCACAAUCCGUGGCGUGCUGGCCGAGCACAACUUCUCCUAUACUCUGGCAAGACCUGUACUCCAGCAGCUUUUGAACAGAUCGUGGCGAUUCUCCAUAACAAGCUUCUGGACAAAGCGCUCCCAGUCAAACGCGGCUGACAGCCACCCUUUCAUCGUCUGGCAACCGGAAAGGGGGCCGGGACACCCUGCCGUCCCUGCCCUUCGGCGGACUGGCAAUGAGGAACUCGACCGUGAGCUCUGGGAGCUUUUCGUGAGACCAAUCGUUACGAGGCAACGGCAGGAUCGUAUCAUCGCGGACUAUCUCAUAGCAAACGAGGUCAAUGAAGCGGAAGCUGAAGAGGCCGAGGCUCUGUUUGAUUGCGAGUGCUGCUAUUCAUCCGUGCCAUUCGAAAAGAUCGCAACAUGUAGCGAUUCCUGCCACUACCUGUGUCUGGACUGCAUUCGCAGGACGGUUAACGAGGCCUUGUAUGGCCAAGGAUGGGCGCGCACAACCGACUCAGAACGAUGCACAGUCCGCUGCUUCGCCACUACUACGGAUGGUUGUAAUGGCUACAUGUCUGCGGACCACGUUCGACGUGCCCUCACUCAAGGCAGCACCAACGAAGAUGCUUGGCAUGAMUUCCAAGCCCGCAUCACCAGCGAGACACUUCUACAGAGCGGCCUCGCCCUUCAGCGUUGCCCAUUCUGCAGCUACGCUGAGAUCGACGAGCCACCAAAACUCCGACCACGGCACCCAAUGACUACUUGGUGCCAUAUAUUGACACGGUCCAACCCAGCCACACAAAUCAUGUUCACGUCCCUCAUGGCUACUCUGAUCGUAUUCACAAUCCCGCUGCUCAUCCUCGCUGCAAUCGUCUGGCUCGCUACCCGCCUUCUCCCAUCUGCCAGAGCCAUCAUAUCCAGAUCCAUCAUCCGAGUCUACAAAGAGCGCCGCGGUCUGCGUUUCCGAUGUCAGCAACCAACUUGCCUCCAAGUAUCCUGCACACGUUGCACGGCGCCUUGGCAGGAUCCGCACACCUGCUUCGAGUCCGAGAAAUCAUCCUUGCGCCACGCCAUCGAGGCGUCCGCAACCGCAGCCGUCAAGCGUACCUGUCCGAAAUGUAUGCUUAGUUUUGUGAAGUCGAGCGGCUGUAACAAGCUGGUCUGCAAUUGUGGCUAUACAAUGUGUUACAUCUGCAGGAAUGAGAUCUCGAGCAAGGAAGGGUACGGGCACUUUUGCCAGCACUUCCGGCCCGGUGGUGGGAGAUGCGGUGAAUGCGAGAGAUGCGACUUGUAUGGAGAUGAAGACGAGGAGGCGGCCAUUCGUAGCGCAGCACAGCAAGCAGAAUUGGCCUGGAGGGAGGAAGAAGGCGGGAAGAAGGGUGAAGAUGGUGAUGCGGCGAGGUUGAUGAUCGAUGCACUGGUUGGACGUGGGAAGAAGGAGUGGUACGAUGACUGGUUGGAUGCGGUCCUCGGUGCUAUUCUUGAGUGA